CGGUUCUUACCUCUGCGUAGACGAACAGCGGCAGGACCAGAACCGCCAGCAGCAGGUCCGAAAACGCCAAACUGACGAUGAAGUAGUUGGUGGUGGUUUUCAGAGCUUUCUCCAGGUACACGCUGAUACACACGAGCACGUUCCCACAGGUGACGGUCACGAUCAGUACGACCCCGAAUAUGAGCGCGGGGAGGCUGUGGUCGGGGGCCACAGCUGCGGGCAGAGUGCGGUUCAGCUCAGCGGAGACCUCCGGCAUCUUGGCCGCUGCUCGGCGGUGCGCCGCCGCAGACUGACGCGCACUUGAUCCGACAAAGAGCGGCUCUCCCCGGGGCAGAUUUCAUCUAUGAGCCGAGUCCAGCAGCUCCGAGACCGGCUGGAGAGGCUCAGGUGUGGUCUGGAGAGGCUCAGGUGUGGUCUGGAGAGGCUCAGGUCUGGUCUGGAGAGGCUCAGGUCUGGUCUGGUGAGGCUCAGGUCUGGUCUGGCAGAGGUAGCUCAGCUCAAAGCCGUGCGCGCUCCGCUCUCUGAACGCAGAUCCGCGCAUUUCCCGGGAACCAGACAGCAGGACCGCGUCUUCUCCCAGAUCCAGACCCCGGUUCUCUUUGACAUGAAGUCCACAGAUACCGGUUCACUCUGCUGGUACUACAUGGAUCGGUUUCCUGUCGGCUCCUCAGCCUGGUCCUGAAGGAACAACUUUAGUGAGAGGAGGAAUCAGAGCCGAGCUUAAAUCCAUCUGCGUAAAUCAGAUUACUGAGUGUCUGCUGUCCAAUCCCUGAGCAGGAGGGAGCAGGAGAGAGCAGGAGAGAGCAGGAGAGAGCAGGAGGGAGCAGGAGAGAGCAGGAGAGAGCAGGAGGGAGCAGGAGAGAGCAGGAGAGAGCAGGAGGGAGCAGGAGAGAGCAGGAGGGAGCAGGGGGGAGCAGGAGACCCACCAACUCCACA